AUGCGCGCAACUGGCGGCUGCCCUCCCAGACCACGUAACGGUCUCGGGACAGAAUCCUACACCACGAAAAUUGACGCCGUUUGGUCUCAAACCUGCAUCGAAGAUGCUUUCUGCGUGUUCGAGCCAAGAUCUGCCAGAGAUGUUUCGACUUCCAUUGGCAUUUUGCGCAAGACAAAGACCAAGUUUGCAGUACGCAGUGGUGGCCAUAUGCCCAAUUCCGGAGCCAAUUCGAUCUCAGAUGGUGUUCUUAUCUCACUCACUUACCUCAAUAUUCUUGAUCUCACGCCAGAUCAUAAGGUGGUUCACGUCGGCCCAGGACUCCGUUGGCAUGAAGUCUACACCUGGAUGGCUGGUCAUAACUUGACAACAGCUGGAGGCCGAUUUGGCCCCGUGGGCGUCGGCGGUUUGCUCCUCGGAGGAGGUAUAAACUACUAUGGGUCAAAGGUUGGUUGGUCAACCAACAAUGUGGUGAAUUUCGAAGUGGUUCUCGCCGACGGCCGCAUUGUCCAGGCCAAUUCCAGCUCCAAUAAAGACCUUUUCUGGGCGCUGAAAGGAGGCUCACAAAACUUUGGCAUUGUCACACGAUAUGAUAUGAAGACUUUCGCUAUACAGGAAAUCUGGGGUGGAACUUUGGCAUACCCAGCCACUUCACUUGACGCGUAUAUCCACGCGAUAGCCAACUUCUCGUCUCCCCAUGGAGGAUCUGCGGAUGCCCUGGCCGCGGCCGACCCACUACUCCUGAUGUACCCCAAUACUAGCCAAAUUCAACCGGCAGCCGUCUUGCUAUAUAAUGCUCCUGUCAAAGAACCGGCCGCGCUGGAGAUAUUUACUAAAAUUCCGGCCGCGAGCAACUCCGCUUCCUUGCGCACUUUCACAAACUUCGUUGUGGAGCAGAAUAGCUCUUCCUACUGGGAUCGAAAUAAUAGGCGAUCAUUCUGGACCACCGCCGUGAAAGCCACGCCGGAAGCAGUCUACCUUGCAAACAACACAUUCUUUGAUACCGCUAUCAAGGAAGUCUCGGAUCUACCAGAUCUGCUCACUAGUAUUACAUUUCAAACCAUUACCGAGGAUUGGCUUGAUGCUGCGCGUGCCUCCGGAGGAGACGCCAUUGAUCUUGAUCCCGCUGAGGGCAGCUUUCUAGUGUUGUUGAUUUCUAACACCUGGGAAAAUCCGAGUAACGAUGAGCGAGUGGCCAAGUUCUCCAAGAAUGUCAUUGCUCAAAUUGAGGCCAAGGCCAAGACCGCUGACGUCUAUUAUCCUUUUGUUAAUCUGAACGACGCAGGCUCAGGCCAAUCCCCAUUCGAGUCAUAUGGGAAGGGAGAGUCACUCGGAAAGUUGAAGAGUAUACGAAAGAAAUAUGGCAAGUCUUCUUUUCAGGAAAGUCCCUCGGGUCUCCCGCUGACUUUGGAUUCAGAUCCUUCUGGAGUUUUCCAGGCCCUCUCACCCGGUGGGUUCAAGCUGGGGGUAUAG